AUUAUUACUGUAUAAUGUACUUAUUAUACAAUGUACUAUAAGGAUAUACAUAUCACAUAGUAGAUGCCAUAUUAUAUACAGUAUUUAGUCAUAAAUAAAUAUUAAUACGUGUAAUAAGCAUAUUCGAAAUGGUUAAGACCCUCAUAAUUGAAAUUAGUAGCGGUAUACCUUUGAAUUUUGUUGAGUUGGUUGAAAUGGAACUUGAAAUUUUAACAAUUGCCCUAAUAACUGCCGCAUCUUUUGGAGUAGCAUGCUUUUUCUCUAUGUUAGGACCCUUUUUCCCUAUUAUGGCCUUAAAAAAAGGAGCGUCUUUGACUCAAAUCGGUUUUAUUCUAGCAGUUUUUCCUUUGGUUGUUGCUUUUAUCUCUCCGAUUGCAGCUAAAGCGGUUCGUGAGACGUAUUUAUUUUUCUCUAGAUUAUUUAAAGGUUAAUUAAGACCGUUUUUAGAUGGUCUUUAUCGGGGUGAAGAGAAUGUACGUUACAGGUGUCGUUGGAACUGGCCUAGUCUCAAUUAUUUAUGGCACAAUAGAAUGGAUGCCUCAAGGUUAUGUUGCUAUUUUUGCGAGUUUCACCUUAAGGGCUGCUGAAGCGUUUUUUGCCGCUCCAGCAAUGGUCGGCGUAAUGACAUUGGUUUCGUUAACUUUUCCCCAGAAAAGAUCUUCUAUUGCCGGCAUAUCCGGAGCUGCUCAAUCGAUAGGAAUGCUACUAGGGCCAAGUAUAGGUUCUUUCCUGUACGCAAGAGGAGGCUUUCAUCUGCCAUUUUUUGUUACGGGUACUAUGUAUACGUUAAUAGGUCUUGUAAUGAUGCCACUUUUACCAUCCCCAAGCCGUUCACCGGAAAUCUCACAGAAAUCAGAUUUAACGAGAAAAAUGCUAUGCAACUCGAUUGUUAUGAUAUUAUGUUCAAGUCUUGCCGUUAUAUAUUCGGCAAUAGGCUAUCUUAGCUCUACUCUAGCAAUCCACCUUAAGUCCUCUCUAGGAAUGAACGAAUACGAAAUAGGUUUCACAUUUUUAAUAGCCCCAGGCAUUAUUGCAAUAGGAUCCCCUAUGCUUGGGAGAUACAGCGAUAAACGAAAAAACGGAUUAAACAUUCUGCUAUACGGAGGUCUAUCGCAUGUCGUUGGAUUUCUCCUACUUGUGCCUUGGAAUAUGAAUAUAUCAACCAAUUAUCGUAUCUUUAUUGCUCUAACUUUACUAGGCUUCGGUCUUAGUUCCUUAGUUGUUAUUAUGCAAGUUAUGACGGAAACAGUUGGCCUACCGCCGGACGAUAUACAAAGCCAAACAUCAAUAGCAGCUUUUGUUAAUACAUCCAGAUUUAUUGGUGAAUUCUUUGGCAUGAGCGGUGGUGGAAUCCUUAUAGAUAACUUCUCUUUUACAACUGGAUGCUAUGCGAUGGCUGCUUCUAAUUUGGUAUGCGUUGUCUUAAUGGCAGCAAUGAGGAAAAUUACAGUGUGA